AUGAUUGCUUUAUCUUUAUUCAUCACCCUUCUCCCCAUCCUCUCUGCCAUGUGGGCAACAGGUCAGAGGGCCAGCAUAAACGUGCAAUUUCAAUUAACCGAGGAAUGCCCCGAAGGUACUCUAGUCGGUUGCUUGAAUGAGGAUGUUGGUUUGAAUGCGCCCCACUAUAUAACCAAUAAGCCCAAUGGUGAUUCCUAUCAGUUACUAACAGCCACACGGCUGUUUGAACUAGAUAGCAUAUCAGGAAAAAUUACAACCAAUGGCCGCAUCGACCGCGAGGAGAUUUGCCCGCCCUCACAAAACAGCCAUCAGAUAUCUACCACUGACCCUACUGAAGCACCAUGCUCCAUAGAUCUGCAAGUGCUUCGUCUGGAGAGCCAGCCAGCAAGUGGAACGUACGAACCUCAGGUCAUACUUGUAAAAAUUUUUGUACUAGACAUCAAUGACAAUGCCCCUAAAUGGCAGGAGGACUCAGUCAAUAUCACUAUUCCAGAACACACAGCACCAGGAGCCCGAUUUCAUCUGCCGGUGGCAUUAGAUGCCGAUUGUGGUCCUGAAAACACCACCUCCAGAUAUUUUUUGUUUUCUUCCAGUAUACCUGAUGUGGAUUACGGAGGUAGCCAUAUCCAUAGUCCUGACGUUAAUCGAUACUUCAAAUUGGAUACGGAAGUUUUGGAACAGAAGGACCCUCAGCAUUUUGUUCUGGAUAGAUGGAGCAACGGCUGGAAUCUGCAGGCCUGCGCAGGACCUACAUUUCGACUCUGGCUGCAGAUAAUUGGUGAAGUGGACUACGAGACUCCAGGACAGAUUAGUUUAAUUCAGCGAAAGCAACCUCUUCCCAAAAUCGACGAUAAAACCGAUCUAUCACCCCGGUCUUUUGUGCUAAAACUAGCAGCCGUUGACGGCAGUCGUUUUGCCCCAAAGACAGGAAGUGUCACCAUUCGUGUUAAUGUGAAGGACAUAAAUGAUCACGCACCUUACUUUUUGCCUCCAGAAGAUUCUUCUGUCGAUGGAGUGUAUGCAAAACUCAGAAUGGAUGGAGCGCUUAGACGAAAUUCUGCGACAAUUGAGGUUCAGGAAAACGCCCCUUAUGGUCAGGCGUUGUACACGCCUCAUGUUGUUGAACCCGACAUUAGUGAUAGGGAAAAUUUGAUCUUCUCCUUCGACGGCACAACAACGCCAGCCGCCCGAGCUGUAUUUGGAAUUAGGGAAAAAGAUGGAACUAUCUUUUUAAAACAGUCGCCAGACUACGAGACGCAGAGUUCCUAUAUUCUUCCUAUUGUUGUCAGUGAUGGGAAAUAUCUUGAUAACCAAGAGGUGCGAAUCCAAAUAAUCAAUCUUAAUGACCACGCACCAAUUAUCACAGUCCGACCAGUGAGAACAAAGAAAACGGAAAAUGAGAUUCAGAACCAACAGCACCAACAAACCCAAAGAUACAAACCCAUUUGUUUGGAAGUGGAAGAAGACAGACCACCGGGUCACUUCAUCGCGACUGUUCUCUUGAGCGAUGAAGACCAAGUUGUUGGAACAUCGGCUUUUCAGAACGAGGGUACAGCAGCGUUCCAAUGCCAGAUAAACCACGACAGCCUUUCCCUUGAGCCGCUUUUCGAGGGCUCCCAAAGUCAAUUUAAACUGCUCACAAGAAUAUCCUUUGAUCGAGAACAGUUGGGAGAGCUUUUUGUAGCUCUUACUUGCCAUGACUCCGGGCAACCACGUCAGACCUCACGCGUGGAUAUCAAGCUCCAAAUUCUUGAUAAAAAUGAUAACAAACCUCUAUUUAAGCAUCAUCCCAUGGUUGCUCGCAUAAAGGAAAAUUCGGUCGUGGGUGUAAACGUUUACCGAUUGGAAGCUUUUGAUGCUGAUGUUGGAAAGAACGCAGCACUGGUAUACUCGAUAAGCGGAGAAGGUGCCGAGAACUUCAAAGUGGAUCGUCACUCAGGGUUAGUGACAACGGCCACAAUCAUUGAUAGGGAAAUCGUUGGAAGAUUUAAUUUGAUGGUUAUCGUUCGAGACCGUGAGGGAAAUGAGACGGAUUCCAGUGAGCCUGUCAACGAAGGGACUGGGAUGCUAACAAUAGAAGUGCUUGAUGAAAAUGACUGUGCUCCCGAAUUCGACAAACCUCUCUAUCAGUUUCUUAUUGACGAAAACGCAAAGAUAAAUACUCCGAUUGGAGAGGUCAAGGCUCGUGACAAUGACGCCACGGCCGAGAAUAACAAGGUUCGUUUCCAUGUUUCAUAG